GGGGCGUGGUCAUGUAAAGCUAUGCCUCGCCGUGUGUAUCUAUUAUUGGGUUUGAAUGGGGAAGGCCCUUCUAUUCAUUCUAUUUCUGUGGUUCAGACAGAUUGGUGGCUAGCCAGUUUGCGUUGGUAUGCAAUGUAUGAUUAGCAUAGAUACAUACAUUUCCGAAUCGAAGGAUUCAUUGCUUCGCCAAAAUGUUUUUUAUACGUUUGCUUGAACGUUUACCGCCUGACCUGGAAUCAGUCGUAUUGUAAAAAUGAGGCAUUUUAAGAAUCCAAGCUAGAUGGCUAGCUAGCUUUCCAUCUUGUAAACUCAAUAUGCUUUGCUAGCGUAACGUUAGCGGACUAAUCGUGUAAACGUUAGUUACUUUGUUUUGCUAGCUAACGUUACAUUUUAUUGAUGGGAUAACGUUAGUUGGCAAGGUGUCCUGUAGUUUGUCCAUCUGACUUCCUGAACCUAUCUAACGUUAGUUUACCAGCCUCCGCUUUAUUCCCUUAACUAUCGUUUCGUUUACUGGAUUUGACGUAACAUUAGCUGGCACUGGCUAGUAGCUGCAAGAUAUGGCCACUGCCUCUAGCUCCUGUGUGGGGAGAAAUGUGUCUAGAAAUGGACCCUCUGUCUCGACCCCGACCUCGGGAGCACCUGGACAAUCACAGCCUAUGGUCGUUGUAUGGGAAUGGCAGGAUGAUCUUGGCGUCUGGCUACCGUACAGCGGCCAGGUGAGCGGCUACAUAGAACAAUGUUUCUCUUCUCCGCGGGGACACAGGAGUGGGGGUCCUGGCUCCACCAGUAUCUGGCUCGGACAAUCAGAUCCCAGUUUGUCGCCUUAUCUUAUAGACAUACCAAGCUUGAAACAGUUCCGCCAAGAUACAGGGAAAACGCGGUCUGUACGCCGCCAAUUGUUUGCCCAGUCCUCAGGCUUGGGUAGCGGAGUAUAUUGGGAGUGGGUGAAUGACGAAGGAGGAUGGACUCCAUACGAGACUCGCACUUCUAUCCUACUAGAACACAGCUACCAGGCACGGCAGGCCACGGCGGACAUUGUCUCACACGGCUAUAACUACAUAGUGGACCUCACGGCGCUGGCCCAGGUCAACAAGGCCACAGGCUACCGGCGACAGGUACGACGGCAGGGUAACCUCCCCUACCCACUGGCAUCUGGUGCUUCCGUCAUACACUCGGGCCCGGCCUGCUCCUGCCAGCAGUGUCUGAGCCACAGCAGCACUGGCCCCAUGUCCAGCCGCUCGCGCCAUUCCUUCUCGUCGGGGCAGCUGAGCCGGCCUACCCUCCAGGUCCCUAGCAGGGCGACUGGAGCUCACCCCACCUCAGUGUACUCACCCUACCCCAGGAGGCCACUUUCUGUGGGGGGAAUGGCGUGGGGAGGCCCCUGGCCACUGGCACCCUCCGCUAGUCAACUCCCUGGAACUCAACUGGCCUUGUCCACCAGUGCCAAUGGCUUAAGUAUCCCCGCCAUCCCUGUGCAACUGAAUGGAUCCACCAGUGUGAGCUCAGCCCUGGCAGGCAUGGCCUCCAUUUUGAUGUCAGCAGUGGGACUCGGCGUGCGCUUCAUGAGUGCCCCCUCCUCCGCUCCUCCUCCCCCCAGCAGCAGCAGCAGGCCCGCGGGCUCCAAAAGUCGCAGCUCGGUUAGGAGGGAAAAGAGGCAGCACAGGACAGUCCCAGCCCAGAAACCAGAGGAUGUCAUUCACCACUACAUGGAGGAAGUUGCCUCUGCUCAAGACGAGGACUGCAUCAUCUGUAUGGACCGGCUGUCUUGUCCGUCGGAUUAUAACGUGGCGUCUGAGGGAGCCCAGUCCAUCCAGCCUGGCGCCGUGGGCAAGUUCAAGUGUGGACACACCCUCCACAUGCUCUGCAUGCUGGCCAUGUACAACACUGGUACCAAGGAUGGCAGCCUCCAGUGCCCCUCAUGCAAGACAAUCUAUGGGGAGAAGACUGGGACCCAGCCCAAGGGGAAGAUGGAGAUCUAUAGUAUCUCCCAGUCCCUCCCUGGCCACCCUGACUGUGGAACUAUCCAGAUCAUUUACAGCAUCACCCAUGGGAUACAGGGUCCAGAGCACCCUAAUCCCGGGCAGUCGUACACCUCUAGAGGCUUCCCUCGCUUCUGCUUCCUCCCAGACAACAAAAAGGGCAGAAAGGUGCUGGAGCUGCUGAAGGUGGCAUGGACACGGCGCCUCAUUUUUACGGUGGGAACAUCCAGCACCACGGGCGAGCCCGAUACGGUGGUGUGGAACGAGAUCCACCACAAGACGGAGAUGAUGUCCAACGUGUCGGGCCAUGGCUAUCCAGACCCCAACUACCUGGACAACGUGCUGUCCGAGCUGGCCUCCCAGGGGGUGAGCGACGACUGCCUCAUCAGACAGGAGGACCCCAGCCAGGGAGGAGCGUCAAACUCUAGACUGUGAAAACUGGUUAUGGCUAGGGAGCAUCCGACUGUGAAACUGACCGUGAAUCACUUUCCUCGUAAUGUCGCAACUUCAACAUAGAGAACAUAAGGGAUAAACCAAGUAUUCACCUGGAUGCGUUUUUAUUAAGUAUUCGAUGCAAAACGUAUGUCUGAGUACAGAGUGCUGAAUACUACACAUACUGAUACUGUGGGGUUUGACUUGGACUUUAUUAGCUGCAGUAGUGCUCCAUUAGCUCGUGGUUUAGUCACCUAGGCCUUUAGUCACCUAUAUUUGUAGUGCUCUAUAUAUUUAUAUGUACACACACACAGUGGGGGCAAAAAAGUAUUUAGUCAGCCACCAAUUGUGCAAGUUCUCCCACUUAAAAAGAUGAGAGGCCUGUAAUUUUCAUCAUAGGUACACUUCAACUAUGACAGACAAAAUGAGAAGAAAAAAGUCCCGAAAAUCACAUUGUAGGAUUUUUAAUGAAUUUAUUUGCAAAUUAUGGUGGAAAAUAAUUAUUUGGUCACCUACAAACAAGCAAGAUGUCUGGCUCUCACAAACCUGUAACUUCUUCUUUAAGAGGCUCCUCUGUCCUCCACUUGUUACCUGUAUAAUGGCACCUGUUUGAACUUGUUAUCAGUAUAAAAGACACCUGUCAACAACCUCAAACAGUCACACUCCAAACUCCACUAUGGCCAAGACCAAAGAGCUGUCAAAGGACACCAGAAACAAAAUUGUAGACCUGCACCAGGCUGGGAAGACUGAACCUGCAAUAGGUAAGCAGCUUGGUUUGAAGAAAUCAACUGUGGGAGCAAUUAUUAGGAAAUGGAAGACAUACAAGACCACUGAUAAUCUCCCUCGAUCUGAGCUGACUAAAUACCUUUUUGACCCACUGUGUGUGUGGCACUACAAAAGUAAUUUUGUCAAAGAUAAGUGCGCUCCACUAUAUAUAUAUAUAUAUAUAUAUAUAUAUAUAGCUCAAAAAAAUAAAGGGAACACUAAAAUAACACAUCCUAGAUCUGAAUGAAUGUAAUAUUCUUAUUAAAUACUUUUUUCUUUACAUACUUGAAUGUGCUGACAACAAAAUCACAAAAAUUAUCAAUGGAAAUCAAAUUUAGCAACCCACAGAGGUCUGGAUUUGGAGUCACACUCAAAAUUAAAGUAGAAAACCACACUACAGGCUGAUCCAACUUUGAUGUAAUGUCCUUAAAACAAGUCAAAAUGAGGCUCAGUAGUGUGUGUGUGGCCUCCACGUGCCUGUAUGACCUCCCUACAACGCCUGGGCAUGCUCCUGAUGAGGUGGCGGAUGGUCUCCUGAGGGAUCUCCUCCCAGACCUGGACUAAAGCAUCCGCCAACUCCUGGACAGUCUGUGGUGCAACGUGGCAUUGGUGGAUGGAGCGAGAUAUGAUGUCCCAGAUGUGCUCAAUUGGAUUCAGGUCUGGGGAACGGGCGGGCCAGUCCAUAGCAUCAAUGCCUUCCUCUUGCAGGAACUGCUGAUACUCCAGCCACAUGAGGUCUAGCAUUGUCUUGCAUUAGAAGGAACCCAGGGCCAACCGCACAAGCGUCUGGUCUCACAAGGGGUCUGAGGAUCUCAUCUCGGUACCUAAUGGCAGUCAGGCUACCUCUGGCGAACACAUGGAGGGCUGGGCAGCCCCCCAAAGAAAUGCCACUCCACACCAUGACUGACCCACCGCCAAACCGGUCAUGCUGGAGGAUGUUGCAGGCAGCAUAACGCUCUCCACGGCGUCUCCAGGCUCUGUCACGUCUGUCACGUGCUCAGUGUGAACCUGCUUUAAUCUGUGAAGAGCACAGGGCGCCAGUGGCGAAUUUACCAAACGUCCUGCACGGUGUUGGGCUGUACACACAACCCCAACCUGUGGAUGUCGGGCCCUCAUGGAGUCCGUUUCUGACCGUUUGAGCAGACACAUGCACAUUUUGUGGCCUGCUGGAGGUAAUUUUGCAGGGCUCUGGCAGUACUCCUCCUUGCACAAAGGCGGAGGUAGCGGUCCUGCUGCUGGGUUGUUGCCCUCCUACGGCCUCCUCCACGUCUCCUGAUGUACUGGCCUGUCUCCUGGUAGCGCCUCCAUGCUCUGGACACUACGCUGACAGACACAGCAAACCUUCUUGCCACAGCUCGCAUUGAUGUGCCAUCCUGGAUGAGCUGCACUACCUGAGCCACUUGGGUGGGUUGUAGACUCCAUCUCAUGCUACCACUAGAGUGAAAGCACCGCCAGCAUUCAAAAGUGACCAAAACAUCAGCCAGGAAGCAUAGGAACUGCUGUCUAUUCCAUUUGCACAACAGCAUGUGAAAUGUAUUGUCAAUCAGUGUUGCUUCCUAAGUGGACAGUUUGAUUUCACAGAAGUGUGAUUGACUUGGAGUUACAUUGUGUUGUUUAAGUGUUCCCUUUAUAUUUUUGAGCAGUGUAUAUAUAGCGGCACGUUCUUAUCUUUGACCAAAGGACUUUUUUUUUUUAACAGCCUGAUGUGUCGCACCCCUUUUGACAUGCUCCAUGGAAUGUGCCAGCUCUCGCGGAGAAUAUAGAACAUCAGUAACACUUUUAUUUUUGACAGCGCAUUUAAUUAACAUGUAUGGUAAUUACCAGGUUAUCUGUGGUUGAUAGUAAACACUUUUUAAAGUAAAUUAUGCAAUUACUUAUUUUUUUUGUUUCUGUUGAGCAAUGUCCUUACUCACCAAAUACACAGGCAUAUAACAAAAACAAAAUGGUAGCAAAGUGAGUACUUGUUUGUGUUAUAAUUGGAGAUUUGUGGUUGUAAUGAAAGCACUGUGAAGGAACAGAUUUGCCAGUAAAUGCCAGUUAAUUUAGAAGCAUAACCCGGAAGAGAAACUUCUCACUUUCCUUUUUGUUUCAGUUGUAUUUUUUAUGUAUUCUUAAUGCAUUAUAAUUGAAAGGUGGAAUCCUUAGUUGCUACAUCCAUGUUUUACUUAAUAUUAAUAUUAUGUACCCAUCGAUUCUUGAAUAAUAUAACUUAUAAAUGCCUCAUGCGCUUAGUUCAAUUGUCAUACCCCAACAGAACCCAAAAUAGAACCUUGUUACUCCAAUGUUUAAACAAUGUACAUUUAAACAAACUCUGUAUAGCCUCAACAUGGUUAAAACUAUACAUUUGAAUAUAAUGAUCAGUCCUUGCA